UCAUGCCGCCGUUAGUCCUACACUACUAGGGGGGAGGCGUCUUACCUUCUUAUAAAACCAUCCGCCAGCCCUCGGGAACCUCAUGAUGGCGUUGAUCCUUCUAGUUCGCGUGCGCGAGUCAAGUCGACGGUAUCCAAACUCUUUCGCUACCGAACCCGCCCUAAGAUCGAUCUGAUCUUCUCCAACUGAUUACAUUCAUUUAACCACCACCACCACCAACAUCAACAAAAACCCACCAUGCUCACCAAAACCGCCUUCCUCGCGGCGGCCCUCAGCGCCACCGCCUCCGCGCAGAUGCGAGCCCCGAUCCUCGCGCGCGAAACCCGCACGCUCGUGACGGCCUCCGAGCCGGAAUCCACGGAAUCGACCUCCCCCGAGUGCGCGUCGCGCAUCGAGUCCUGGACGGCGGCCUUCCCGACGCCGGCGCCCGCGCUCGAGGACGCGCUCGACAACGCCGACGACUCCGAGUCCGGCGUCGGCGCCGAGGGCAUCGACGGCCUGUGCGGCUUCGCGUCCGACCUGCCCUCCAGCGCCAAAGCCGCCUUCACCAGCUACAACCUGGACAUGUACUCGUACCUGUCGGCCCAGAGCUCGAACCUCCUCGCCAUCGCGACGAGCUGCUCCGCCGACAUGGGCGCCGAUCCCUCGGUCAUCACGAGCGAGCUGGAUGAACUGCUCACUGUGUAUUCGAGUUUUUCGGCCGGUGCUUGUGCGGACGUUGCGACGACGGGGCCGGCUAGUUCGUCUGCGACGCAGACGGGUACUACGAGCGCUGUUUCCAGCAGCGGAUCUUCUGCUGCUGCGACUUCGACUUCGAGCAGCAGCGGGUCGUCGGCGUCCGGCUCGGCCAGCAGCUCGGGAACAGCGAGCGCGUCUUCGUCAUCGACGGUGUCCCAGAAUGCUGGACCCAGGGAGACUGGCAUGUUCACCGCGGCUGCCCUUGCUAUGGGUGUGCUCGGCGCUGCUGUCGUGCUGUAAAGGAGAUUAUAAAAUAAAAUAAAUCGCGGUACAAUAAGUAGAAUGCAAGAGAACAAUGUGUUGCGCUUCGUGAGGCUUCGGCCACGGUUCCUGUGAUUUGAUCUUUCCAACUACA